GCGGACGGGGCGGGACUUCCUGUCUUUUUCCGGAGAGGAAGGACGCUUCCCCAGGUUGCGGGAAGAUUUGAACUGCUGUUGCUUUCCUGUGUUUUGUUUUGUUUUUUGUUUUUUACGGGUUCAUAGUUGGCGCUGCCGCUUCUCUCCCGCUACCCAAACAGGACGGACGUCUCGGCCAAAACACUCUCUCUGUGGCCUUAUUCCCUUGCGACCGUGAUUGUUUUCUCUCAUCAAGAAACAUCACUUGUUGGUAAUUUGUCAAAUUCAAGAAAUAACCCUCGAGAAACAGUCUUGGGCAGGCUUCAAGCAUUUUGGCAAAUUAAAGGGGCCUUUGGCCUCAUUUCCACGACUUUUCAUCUCAGAACUGCCGUGUGAGUCCAAGACGUUGGUUGUUUUGUCUUCACCUUGGAAGGACAUUUUAUCCCUAGUCCUAGUAAUGGCAGCUGAAGUGCAGAUGGUACUUUAUGAAGAUGAUUCAGUGCAAGUGCAAUAUGUUGAUGGUUCCAGACUGCAGCUUUCUCCGUGUGGCUCCGAAUUUUUAUUUGAAAAGCCACCUCCUAUUUCAGCACAUCCUUUAGAACAACCAGAAAGAAUUCGGCAAAGGACACACUUUGUUAUUAGCACUUACCGAGAGCAACUACAGCGAGCCCUAGAUUUUCGAAAUUCUUUUGCUGUUUGCCCUUUUUUAUCUGAAAGCAUCAUACCUUCUGAAAGAAAAAAGCUUAUCUUCGUUGACUUCUCAGAAGUGAGAUGGCCCAGUCCUGACACCGAUGAUGGCAUGAUACUAACACAGAGCGGCAGCGUGAAGAUAGCAUCAUUGGAUGGACACGCAUACCUUUGCCUGCCCAGAUCGCAGCAUGAAUUUACAGUACAUUUUUUGUGUAAAGUAAGCCAGAAGCCAGACUCGUCUAUAGUAUUGUCAGAAAAGAAGAAUCAAGCCAGAAAGGACAAGCUAGUUGAAAAAUCAGGCAAAAUCUGUACCUAUGGAAGUUUACCAAGACAGAGACUGAAGAAUAAAGAGAAUGAACUUUAUUGUCCACUCACGAAAUCCAAGGAAACUUUAGAGAAGGAGAGCUGUACAGACGGAGCUGAAGGGAAGGAGGAGCCACCUCCGCCUGGUACCCGACACACGUGUGUAUACACGUGGGUGAAGCAGCGCUGGCCUGUGGCCUCCUGUCCAGAGGAAUGGAAAUAUCCUUUGUCUUUAGCAUUUCAUUUUCAUAAUAAAAUCAGCAGUAUGUCGAGAAGCGAGGCAGACACCACCCAGAGUAGAACAUUCACUUCUGAGAUUUCAGAGGAAAGAGGAAAAGAGGUUUCUGUUCUUCCCAGGGCCCUGCUACUCAGCUGUCCUGUCCCCCACCUGCACAGGUGGAAUUUUUGUGACUCACUUUCAGAAAGACAGAUGAAUGAAGAAUAUUCCUAUCCCGAGCUGGUGAAAGUGGUUUGGUACAAAGGUGUAACUUACCGACUAAACCAUAAAAAUGUGAACUCAAUAGAGAUUUAUCCUGGAGAUGGAUCUGUUUUCAAGUCAGAGGGAGCUUAUUUUGGGAGGUAUUUUACAUAUUAUUCCAUUCAAGAAGGAUCAGAAGAGAGAGAAGAAAAGACUUAUUCAGUAAAUAACCUUCCUCCUGACAGACCAGGAAGUCUGUUCUCUGUGUGUUCUCUCAUUAAACAGGCAACCAGAAUUCUUCAACAUUGUACCAAGACAAGCCUUUCUUUAAGCCAUAAUUAUCGUAUAUGCUGCUGGAAAAUGUGGAGAAAGAGGGCAGGGGAAUUGAUUGGAUUUGAAGUACCUGGGAUAAAGGAUAACAAUAUACUGCCUUUGCUUUUGAGAGAAUCAUUCAUACCCAGUGUGGGAAGAUUUCUUGCAUACUCUGAUGACAAAGUACAUGCUCUCUUUUUAGAUGGCAUUACUCUGACCCUAAAUUGGAAUUUCAGCUCUUUUAUGGAAAAGAUACAGGUAGAUCAAGGUCUCAACUUAGGUUGGGGUAGGUUAACUUUUCCCGAUGGACAAGAUCAGUUAAUUCAGAUUGAACAUCCUGGACCAUAUAAAAGAUAUGUGACAGCAGUUAUAUCAUGGUGCAGAAGACUGACCCAAACUAGUCAGAGAGAGAUGCCCACACAUCCUUCAUCUUCUCUUGUUGAAGAAAAUUGGUCUGUGGCCUCUGAGCUUGAAAAAAUAAAGAAGUUUAACUUGCUACUGGAGAACAGUGGUAUCCUAAACCAGAUUUCUAACAAAAAAAACAAACAGUCUUCUGAUCAUAAUGAAUCAAAAUCUCCAGAAACCUUGCUGGAAGAAGUUAAUGAAAAGAGAGUAUCAGUGGCAUUGAAAAAAACCUCUGAAAUCCUUCAGGAUAUUGACUGUCUUCUAUCAAGUUCUAAAAGAUGAAAAACAAUUAUUAUAUACCUUAAAGAUGUUGUUUCAGGUGACUAGUAUAAAAUUGUUAGUAAGCCAA